UGCUUCAGGGGUGUUUAAAUAAUAAUCAGCUGGGGCCGGUGCUGUGGUACAGAGGGUUAAAGCCCUGGCCUGAAGCACCAGCAUCCCAUAUGGGCGCUGGUUCUAGUCCCGGCUGCUCCUCUUAAAAUCAAAAAUAAAUAAUAAUCAGCUUAUUAUUGAGAGAUGUAGUUGUCAUGUGUUUCCAGGAACUCAAGUACAGAAUGGUGUAUCAGAAAGUACAGUGAGCAUGGCAGCUAGGCCUAUUGUUAAAAAUGCUCUGGUCCUGUUUUCUCAUGUGUAGAGUGAAAGGGUUGAACCAGAUGAUCACAAGGCGUUGAGGAUGACAAUUCUAGUUUUCUCAUUAAGAACACUAACAUUUAUUAGGGACUGACAUCAAGCAGUAGACCUAACUUACAGCAGAGUCCAACACCUAGAGCACAAUCAACACACAUCAUCUACACGCAUGAAGCUUAUUAACUGAUGAUAAAAUUUAAAUGUGAUUGGAAGAGCCAAUCGAUUAGACAUGAACGCAAAGCUGCAAACUGAAAACGGGCCACACUUAAAGGGAUGCAAACAUUUUUGCUGGUUUUUAGCCAUCAAGGUUUCCCUAAAAAUUAAUUUUCUAAGUGAAGACUUUUUCCCAAGGCUACGGUAUUUACUUUGUCUCUUUCUCUCCAGAGCCUCGUUGCUAUUUGCUUUUAAAACCCAAGCAAGUGCCUUCUCCUGGUUACUUGGGCAGAUGCUAUAAAUAAAUUCGGCUAAAGUGUCUGAUUGAUAGUAAACAGGCUAAGGGAGAUAAUGAGUCUCGGGUAAUUAGGGCUUCGCUGCAUGCAACCCAAUCCCUUAGCUCGCUCCCCAGGGGCGCACAAUGGUCCCAUGCAGCCUUCCUGGGAAGUGGCCGGGGCGCGCCGGCAACCACCCGCUGUAGGGUGGGUGCCUUCGUCUGUACAGAGGUGGGGAUCUGCACAAACAGAGACCGUUUUGUGUUUGUGUUUUUGCGUGGCGCAGCCGAGAGAGCGACCAGCGGCCGGACCGCCCCGGGUCCCUCCACACCCCUCGGGAGUCCGCCCGGGGGCUCGAGCUUGGAACGGGGCUGAGACGGCAACCGCUGGAGUAACGGACUCUGCGGCCCGCGGCCCCGCAAGCCCGCGAUGGGAGGCCGAGCUAGGCAGGUGCCUGGCCCUCCCAGAGCCCGUCCCAGCCCUGGCGCAGCAAGCGGACGAAGCAGUCCCUGAGGGCCCAACGGACCCGAGGACCUCCCUCCGCCCAAGGCUGGCCGGUGUCCCAGGACGCCAGCAAAGCGAGCCACAGAGCCCCGCUCCCUGCAUCCCCAUCCCUGAGCUCAACAUCGCCCCGCUCUCACCAGGCUCCAACCUGUUCAACCUUCGGAGCCGCAAGAGAAAUGGGCGCGGCCCGGAGACACCCCCACCACCCCACCCCGCCCUGGGGGAAGCAGCAACGACUCCAACUCCUCACCCGGCCCCGAAGCUAAGGGCAGCGAGCAGGGGGCUGCCGCUCACACACCUGUCUUGCGGGUUUGUUCCCGGUAGUGGCAGCUCAGAUGUCCGAGUCGCUGCCACUGGGUCCCGCCGUCUCCCUAGACGCGAUCCGGCCGGCGGCCGCCCAGCAGCGACUGCUAACUGCGCGUGCGCGUGCGGCGGCCGGCCGGCGCGGGAGGCGCCUGUGGCGCGCGCCGGUAGCGCGGAGCUCAACGGCCGCGGGGGCGCCGCCCGGCGAGCCCCGCGCCCAAGCGCACCCUCGGGGCCUGGCCGUGGCAGCGUGGGACUCCCCUCCCGGGGUAACCCAGAAGAAUUUCUCUUCCUCACCCCGAGGUGCUCCUUGCGAGUCUACCCGUCGUUGCACAGUCACUGAAAGUUGCCUCAGUCAUGUGUUUGAACGGCGUCCGGUCCAUGGGUGCACCAAGAUUAGACUGGCACUGGAGCAUUUAAUAGGGUGCUGUAUGUUAAAAGGAGUGACGAGUGUAUGCCCACGUGCUGGAACAGAGACGGAUUAUGCCGGACACAGAUUUGCUUCUUCCGUUGUUUGCAUGUUACCUAGGGACAAACAGAAACAACAGUCUUCUUCCUUCUUAUCUGAUGGUGGAAGUAUUAUAUUAGUCUUUGCUAGAGCCCUAUGUUCAUGUACAAAAUGUAAAUGAAACAUUUGGUUCUUAGCUUUUUCUCAAGAAUAAUAAAGCAAAAAUGAUUGAGGUUUUUUUCUUUAAACCGAUCACAAAUUGCAUUUACUUUCAGUCAUCUAGAAAACAAAAGUGUAUAUAUCUCUCUCUAUAGAUCUUAUUAAUAAAUUUUAUUUGGACAAGAGAACUUGUGCCCCAAUGGUUUUAAAGAGCAUGACUAGGGACUGCAAUACUCCUAAGAGUGGUCACAGGUAUGUACAGUGUGUGAAGAAAGCUGCACCUCAGAGCUGAUCACGAUCAAGUUAAAAACACCUGACAUACAAUACGUGUGCUAAUAAAUUUCCUUCAGGUCAUGACCAGCAUGAAAGACAUCAGGACAUAGAUACUCAGCAAAGGUUCUGUAAACGCAUGCAACAAUGUGCUGCACUGAAGAGUUAAAAUCAGAUUCUACUUUAGUGUUAGCAUCAAGCCCUUGGGAGAAAUCCAAAAAUCUCCUUUCCCAUUUAUACACGUCAAAAACUAUUCACACGUGGGGUGGGGCAGGGCUGGGCGGCUGGCCCUGCGCCCCGGCAGGUCCUUGCCUUGGUGGAGACAGUCAGGGCUAAUACUGAAGGUCUCUUUCGCAUCCGCCUGCUGGCUGUAAGAAUUUCAUGUAUCGGUGGUUAAAGAAAACCAGGAGAAAGCAGUGUAGGUCUCUGGGAAUCUCAUCUCUUCCACAAAGAAAAUGCUCAGCUAAUUCAAGUUUCAUUCAGUCAGGAAGACAGAAGAAUUUAAGGCUUCGGUGACAAUUAUAAUCCUCUGAGAAAUUAUUUUCCCUUAAAGUCAAGAUAAGAUAAUAGUGUUUACUGUACUUGCUCUUGACUGUUGGAAUCCCUGGCAUCAGGUGUAGGCAACUUGUACCUGUGAUUGAGUCUGCAAGAGAGGAAGGGGCCUUCUUCCCAAGGCCGGCCUGGGUCGCGCGUGCGGGAGCACCCACGGAGGCAGGAGAGACACCACAGGCCCAGAUUUUCUAGUAGGUCGAGGAGGCUAUGCUCAGGACAUCUUUGGAGAUUUUGGUACUGGCUGGGAGGACGCUAGCAAAAUACUUGACGUCGCUGUCGCGAUCCAUCUGCAGAGCCAUGACUGCUCCACGGCCUCCUGGUGGCAGCCGGCCAAGGCCAGGAAGUAGUCUUUAUCUGGCAGAGUCUGUCUUAAUGUCUUUGCGAGCAGCACUCUGACAUUGGGAACCCUGUCAUUGGCCAAGGUCAGCAAGUGGGGCAUCAGAUGCAGAGCAAACUGGUCCCUGGGGAGGCAGUCGUCUUCAAUGACCGUCUGGCAGACAAAGAUGAAGGCCUGCUGACCAGACCACAUGUGGUACCUGCCAGAGUUUUCUACCAGCUCAUUGAUGAGGUCCACCCUGAGCAUCAGGGGCGUGGCCAUGUGCAGCUUCUUCACCAUCUCGCGACCAACUUGUAGGAAAUCCAGCGAACAGAAGACACUUUGCACACAGAUUGAGAGCAAUGGGGCGCAAAUAGUCAUAAACGUCCUGGGGGCUGUAUAAUUCUAGAAGCAAGAUCAGCUGUUCAUCCAAUUCUGCUCAAAAGCGUCAAUUUCUGCUAUUAUCCAUCACCAAAAACUCCUGAAGUUGAUAAAGAUAUUCUCUUCUCUUGUCAAUAUGAAGAAGCUUUAGCAAAUCAUGUAAAUGUUUAAGGACACCUAUCCUGACUUCAUCAAGGUCUUUUAAAAAUCCAUUAAAAAUUGGAACCAGAUCUGCAGCUGUCAACUGAUCUCCAAGAAUAACAGCAAGCUCGUGGAUGGAGAAUGCUAAUGUUUUUCGAACUUUCCACUGCAUGUCCGACGCCAGGGUCUCAUAGUUCUCUCUCAGGCAGUGCCAAUUCUGCCUGCCCAACGUCAGGGCCACACCUGGCAGGCUGUUAAGCACAGUGCUUUGCGAUUUCAGUGUCAACCGUCUGUGCACGAGAGGGAUCAGUCAUGGACAAAUACUGAUCUAACAAAGCCUGGGGUACAACAUCCUGGAUUUUGGAUUUCCUUUCCUCUUCAGGGCUGAAGCUACUGUUGGUGCUCAAGUCUGAAUAGUUAUGGAUAUAGUGAAGGGAUGAGUCCAUAUUCUCAACAGCAUCGCCGAUUAAAGGCACAGAAUCAUCCUGGCUUAUUUUACACUUUGGUAGCUCAUUUACACCCAGAUCAUCUUCCAGAUCACUUCUCUAUGCUGAUGGCCUCCUUGUGGGCAUCCAGACUAGAUGCACGCAGUGCAGUGGGCAGCACCUCCACCAGGUUUUAACACUGGGGUCAUCAAUAUGGGGCUCGAGAUUUUCUAUCAUUUCUUCAAGUUCCUUUCUGGUGGCCAUGGUAAUGUUUGGAGAACCUGGCCUGGGGAUUUCAGAUGCUGCUUCUGGUCUCUCUGGGCUGAGGUUUUUCCCAAUGUCCUGUUCAAGCUCCACAUCUAGAUCUAUCUCAGGAAGAGGAGUCCUCCAGAAAUGGAAAGAGUUGUACAGUCCCUGAACGACGGAGGUUUAAAAAGGGUUUUAGUUGGAGCCGGUGCUGUGGCGUAGCGGGUUAAGCCGCCUCCUGCAGUACCAGCAUCCCAUACGGGCGCCAGUUCGAGACCCGGCUGCUCCACUUACAAUCCAGCUCUCUGCUAUAGCCUGGGAAAGUAGUAGGAAGAAGAUGGCCCAAGUGUUAGGGCCUCUGCACCCACGUGGGAGACCUGGAAGAAGCUCCUGGCUCCUGGUUUCAGAUCGGCACAACUCCGGUUGCUGCGGCCAGUUGGGGAGUGAACCAGUGGGUGGAAGACCUCUUUCUCUGCCUCUCCUUCUCUCUCUGUGUAACUCUGACUUUCAAAUAAAUAGAUAAAUCUUUUUUAAAAAGGGUUUUAGUUGAAGCAUGUGCUUUGGUGAACUGUGUCUGAGAAAAUCAGGCAGCUAUUGUGCCAACUAUAAUUUUCCUCUCCUGCUUUUUAUUCCAAUAACUUAAAUAAAAGUUUUAGUAUUUUCUUGUCUAUUCAUGUCUGUCAGACUACACUAUUCUCCUCCUGUUCCCAAAUGUACUGAUGAAUUCCUGUGUUGAAUUACAGCCUCCUCAAAUUCUCCUUCAGUAAGUAAAAAGUAUAUGAUUUAAAAAAGGAAUCAACAUUAUAUAUAAUGGAAAAGAAUUUGCAUAAUCUCCUUAAAAAAUAAAAACAAGAAAGAUGACUUCUGGCAUCACACUUAAUAAAAACAGACAUUUGGGGGCUUGUGUUGUGGUGGGGCUGUGAUGCUGGCAUCCCAUAUGAGUAUAGUUGGAGUCCUAGCUGUUCCACUUCUGUUCCAGUGCCUGCGAAAGCAGUGGGGAAUGGCCCAGUGCUUUGGCAUGUGCCCCCCCAGUGGGAGACCCCUAUGAAGCUCCUGGCUCCUGGCUUCAGUCUGGCUCAGCCUCGGCCUUGCAGGCCAUGUGGGGAGUAAACCAACAGAUGGAAGAUCUCUCACUGUCUGUUCCUUUCUCUGUAACUCUGU